CUGGUUUCCGGUCUGACUCAGUUUGAUGUUGACAGUGAAAUUUAUCAGAAAAGUCUGAAAAUCAACGGAUUUCUUCACGUUUGUUCGUCACCAUGAAGCUGCGGAUCCGAAUCAACAAACAGUCGAGCCGGGUGGAGCUUCUGGGAGAAGAACCAACGGUGCAGGAGCUCCGGGAUCACGUCAGGGACACGGUGCUGACAUCUCAAGGACUCAGUCCAGACACGGAGUUCAGUUUGUCUCUGAACAGCUCCGAGCCUGUGUCAGACACGGGUCAGACGCUGGCGUCCUGCGGCAUCGUCUCUGGAGAUCUGAUCUGCGUCCUUCUACCAGAGUCUGUGGCCGGCUCCACCUACACAACCUGCAGCCGAGCAGAGAGGCUGAUGGAGGCCUCCACCUCGGGGGGCCAGUCCAGCAGCAGCUGUGCAGCACUGGGCGAGGCCCCUGAGGACCAGGCCCCUGAGGACAUGGACCCUGAGGACCAGGUCCCUGAGGACAUGGAGCCUGAAGCACCGGCCCCCUGCUGGGAGCCCAUGCUGUGCUGCGAGGCCGAGGAGGGGGAGGCUCCUCUGUCCCUGGAGCUGCUCCACCACAGCGCCUCCAUCACCAGCCCCAGCGACGCCGUCAUGGUGGCAGGACACCUCCUGAUGCUGGAGACUGGGUUCGUCCCUCAAGCGUCCGAGGUGAAGCCCGGUGAGAUGCCCAGCGGCUGGAGGUCGACCGGCGGACUCUUCCAACUUCCUUACACACACCCGCUGUGUGAAAACAGCCUGGCCGUGGUGGUGGGCGUGGUCAUGGGCCCUGUGCUCGUCAUCAACGCCUCUCUGAAGCUCAAUGACUCGGUCGACACGAUUCGCAAACUGUGUCUGAAUCCGUGCAGCUACGUGACCGACGAGUGGCCAGGGGAGAGCGCGGCGGCGGCGUUCAAACACCUGAGCAAACUGUCCCGACUUUUCAAAGACCAGCUGGCCUACCCGCUGAUCGCCGCCGCCAGAGAAGCGAUGGCGCUGCCAGUGGCGUUCGGCCUGGCGGUGCUGCCUCCGGAGCUGCUGCUGCGCAUCCUGCGGCUGCUGGACGUGCACUCGGUGGUGAGGCUGGCGUCCGUCUGCCGACACUUCAGCGUGGUCACAUGUGACUCAACGCUGUGGAGACACCUGUUCCGCCGGGACUUCCCUGGGGAGCUGUCGGGGAGAGAGUCCAGCAGGAGCUACGACUGGAGAGAGCUUUAUAAAAAAUCCCAUCAGAAUCGUGAGCAGCGCCGUGCCGCUCGUCGCCGGAUCCUCCCCCCCGACCACCUGAACCCCCGGGACAUCUUCAGGCCCCACCCCUUCAUGCCGCCGCUGCCCGGCAUCAUCGGAGGAGAAUAUGACCAGAGACCCUUCUUGCCCCCGGGCCUCCUGCCCCAACCCUACCGCCAUCCGGACCGCGCCCUGAGAGGUCGGGCGAGUGGAGGACGAUCUGACGACGUCCGGCGAGGAUUCAUCUGAGUAACGAGACUCUGAAGGAGACGAGUGUUUGUUUCCUGAAACACCAAAUGUGAAUAUUAUUAAUAAAGUAUGACGACGUGUUCAGGGUCUGAGGAAAAAAGACUGUUUCAGUUUGUGAUGAUUUUAUUAGAAAAUCUGAUGUUUUUUUACUAAACAAAUAAAAAGUGAAUUUAUUUUUAGAUCUGAUUUAAUCUGUUUUCAGUUUUUAGCUUCAAUAUUUUUUCUCUUUUAAUAAUAAAACCAGAGUUCAGCAGAUCGACUUCG